CCUCACUGAAGCGCGACACUUGCGCGGCGCAGUAGUGCCGAUUUAGAAGAGGGUGGAGCUUAGUCAUUGCGCUAGAAGAGCGGCCUGGCUCUGUGGGCGCGUGCAGAGUCAUGAAUCUGUUUGUAAACACGAGAGGAAAAAGGACCGAAGUGGAUUUGGAUCUGUGUCGCUGCGGGUGCCACCGCACAGAAGGAAAUGCUGCAACAGCUACACAUGUUUCAAUUUCACGGAGUGUGCUCAUGUAUUUAUGAACGCCGGACUUCUUGGUAACAGUCCUGCCCACGGCUCCCAAGAACUUAUGUUUUAUUGUGCUAGCUAGAAAAUCUGUUUGUGUGUUGUGUCAGCUAUUAGACACAGCCGACAGAAUGACUGAACAAUCUCGAAACACUCGCUUUGCCGAAAUAUUCUUCACCAUAUUGCAAGAAAUCGUAGUUUCCGGUGACGGCAACAUAUUGUAGUACAUUCAGAUAUUUAGGCGUUAUUGUGUUCUCACUGGGUCAAACCGAGAUGCCUUGGCCUUUUUCGGAGUCGAUAAAGAAGCGGGCUUGUAGAUACCUGCUGCACCGGUAUCUGGGCAACUUCUUGCAGGAGAAGCUGAGCUUGGACCAGCUCAGCUUAGAUCUUUAUCAAGGAACUGGAUCAUUGGCGCAAGUUCCUUUGGACAAAUGGUCCUUGAAUGAGAUCCUUGAGUCGGUGGAUGCUCCAUUUGAGGUCACUGAGGGCUUCAUCCAGACCAUCUCCUUGACUGUGCCAUGGGCAUCCCUGCUGCAGGAGAACUGUGCCCUGGAGGUCAAAGGGCUGGAGAUGGUGUUUAGGCCCAGGCCACGCAUGGCCUCAGGGACUGAGCCCAUGUACUGGUCCAGCUUCAUGACCAGCAGCAUGCAGCUAGCCAAGGAGUGCCUGAGCCAAAGGCUGACGGACGAGCUGGGGGAGGGCUUCCAGCCUCUGGAGGGCCUGGAGACGUUUGCAGAAACCAUAGAGACUGUUUUGAGAAGAGUCAAGGUCACGUUUCUGAACACUGUUCUCAGGAUCGAGCAUGUUCCAGAAAAUUCCAAAACGGGAAUUGCUCUGGAGAUACGAAUCAAUAAAAUCGUGUACUGUGAUGAGACGGGAGAUGAGUGCUCCGGCAUGGAUGUGCACCAGCCGACCACCUUCGCACACAAAAACCUGCAGCUCACCGGCGUCACCAUCUUCUGGGACGAGUUCUCUGAGGCUGCCCGCGCCUGCCACAGGUCUCCGUCCGGCCAGGUGGAGACGGAGGCUAAGCUGUCCCCCAGCUGGAACCCCAAGAUCAUCUGCGAGCCGCAUCCUCAGUUCACGGAGCCGGUGUCAACGACGACGCCCUUCGAACCCGUGCAGAUUGGCAGCCUGAGCGGCAGAGUGGAGCUGUCUCUUCUCCUGAAGCAGAACGAAGCCCUGCCCGGAGCGAAGCUCGAUGUUGAUGGACAGAUAGAUUUGAUGACUGUGCUGCUGUCUCCACGACAAGUCCAUCUGCUCCUGGACAUGUUUGGGGUCUUUUCUGGCUCCGCAGGGCAGGAUCGAGCUGGGCUGGGGAAGGACAGGAAAAGCAGGCCCAUGCAGCAGGAGGAUGAGUACCGCCUCCACAUGGAGCUCCACCGCUGCUUAAAAAGGGACUCCAUGGCUCCCGGUGCGUUGGGAGACCCUGACCUCUUCGAGAGCCAGACCACCAGAACCACGUCUAGCCGAGAAGAUGUGUUUUUCUCCAUGGCAGAGAUGGACAUGUCUCACAGCCUGUCUUCCCUCCCUCCCCUGGGAGACCCGCCCACUGUGGACCUUGACCUGUCACUCAAUAGCAAUUUCACCUCCUCCCCAGGGGAGUCCCCCUCUGGCAAUGUUGCAACGGUUUGGGAUGAGUACCUGGAUACCCCGAGACAAAGGGAGAAGCAAGCACAAGAGCCUCCCUUCCUGUCCCGGGACCCCCAGCCCCCGCAGAAGCUGCUGCGGCAGGCGUCGCACGCCUCUAAGGCCCACUGCGACGAGUCGCGACCGGAGCUGGUGUUCAGGCUGACCCUGGGGAGCGUGGCCCUGUCCGUGCUCCACAUAGACCGCCUGCCCCCGCCCGACACCGCCGUCAGCCCCCUGGCCCUCCUGGCCUCGGACUUCUUCCGCCGGCUGGAGGCCACGGGCCCCGAGCAGCUCCAGGGGGGGCUCCUCUUCUCGCGCCCCGUGUUCGACGAGGCCUGCCCCCAGGACCACCUCAGGUUUCUGGGGACGGGAAUGAAGGUGGUCUAUGAGCAGAGGCAGGGCUCCAGUCUGCGUAGCGUUAGCACCGACGUCUCUGUGGGCCAGAUGGAGCUGCUCGAAUGCCUCUUAACUUCAGAUGCCCACUCUAGCACCCCACAGUACACAGAGCUGGUGAAAUUUGAUGCUGUUGCCAACAAGGAGGCUCAGCCUUCCCCUUGCCUACACCUGCUGUACAAAUUCACCGAACGCAGAGGCCCACAGGGUGGACAGGUGCGCUUGAGCACCAUGCCCAGGAAGGAGUUCCAGGUGGAACUGGGCCCGGUGCGGUCUGAGCUGGACAUCAGCAUCGUGGACCGGCUCAACUCCCUGCUGCAGCCGCAGAAACUGGUCACCACGGAGGCCAUGGCUUCUCACAUGUACACGUCCUACAACAAACACGUCAGCCUGCACAAGGCCUUUGCCGAGGUGUUUCUGGAUGACUCCCGGACUCCCGCCAACUGUCACGUGUCGGUGAUGGUGAACGCGCCGGUGCUGUGCCUGGCCGUGCGCUUCCCCAUCCCGGACCUGCGCUCCGACCAGGAGAGGGGCCCCUGGUUCAAGAAGUCCCUCCAGAAGGAGGCGCUGCACCUGGAGUUCCUGGACCUGGAGCUGAAGACUGAAUUCACCGGUGGGAGCUCUUCAGAGCAGACCAAGAUGGAACUGACCUUCCGAGAACUCACCGGGAAGUUCCAGGACGACAGCUCCCAGCCUGCUGCCAGAUUCCUCCGGGUGUCACAUGACAUGGAUGGGGACAUGACCACGUCAGACAGCGGCAAAUUUGAUUGGCCGAGGGUCGUGCUGAGAGUGAACCCCACGGCCGUACACUCUAUCCUGGAGAGGGUGACUGCCGAGGAGGACGAGGAGGCUGGGGGGCACUCCCCCGAGGAAGACGAGGGGGGAGCGCAUUCCUUGAAGGACGUCUGUGACUUCGGGAAGCCGGAUCCCUCGCCUUUCUCCUCGCGCAGAGUGAUGUAUGAGAACGAAGAGAUGGUCAUGCCUGGUGAUGUAGGCGAGAUGACGGAGUUUCAGGAGAAGACCAUGAGCAACUCCCGCUACAUCCUUGAGCUGGCGUUGCCAAACGUGCAGGUGUCGCUGCCAAACAAAGCCUUCUACGAGAAACUACAUAACAGGAUAAAUAAUGAUCUGUUGCUAUGGGAGCCGACUGCCCCUUCCCCGGUAGAGACGGUGGAGAAUGUGUCCUAUGGGGUGGGACUGUCUGUGGCCAGUCAGCUGAUCAGCACCUACGGCAAGGACAGUUUCAGCCAGUUCCGGUCUUCUGCCCCCGAGGAGGAGGACAGUGGGUCUGAUGAGGACACCAUGCAGUACUAUUCCCCAGCAGACUUGGGCCUCAAAACUCGCCGGAAGAAGAAGUUUGAGACCCAGAACAAGACUUCGCAGAGUUUGUUCUCUGUCAUUCUGAGUGUCAGCCAUGGGCUGGUGGCCCUGCAGACCAACGCCAAGCAGGAAGAUAAAACUGUACUGAAAAACAGACAUGGAGAGUUCUGGAUGGAGGUAGAAAAUGGAGUUCUUUUCAGCGUGACGCAAUAUGAGGGCUAUAAGGAUCAACACUACGUCUGUCUCCACACCAGUAGCCUCUGUCUCUAUCAUCAAGGAGUUGUGGAUGGAGAUGUGGCUGUGUCGGACGUUAAGCUGCCCAGCCAGACUCGCCCCCACUGGCUGGAGCCGGCCAUCUACCGCUCGGAAGAGAUGUCCCCAGGCAAGGCCUCCCCCUCCGAGGGCAUAGGCCUGGAGGCCCACAGCAUGCUGUCUGUUGCUGUCAAGAUCUCCUCCCAGAACAUGGAGCGCAACGUCAAAGAGUUCCUGGUGGCGGUGGGGGUGAGAGGAGCCACCCUGCAGCACCGUGUGGUCCCCUCCAGCCUGGGCUGGUAUGACCAGCUGGUGGAUUUCUUGAACGUGUCAGACGAGCCAGUGCUGGGCUACGUCCCUCCUACCUCCGUCACCACCCUCCAUCUGCACCUGUGGAGCUGCGCAUUGGACUACAGACCCCUGUACCUGCCCAUCAGGUCUCUGCUGACCGUGGAGACCUUCAGCAUCUCCAGCAGCGUCUCGCUGGACCACUCCUCCUCCACACUCAGGAUCAUCUUGGAUGAAGCGGCAUUGUUUUUGUCUGACAAGUGCAACGCGGUUUCUGUGAACCUAACACGAGAUUAUGUGCAGGUCGUGGACAUGGGAAUGCUGGAGCUGAGGAUCACUGCUGUCAAACCUGGAGCAGAUGGGGCAAGGACUGAGCCCAGGUUUGAGCUGCGCUGCUCCAGUGAUGUCAUCCACAUCAGGACAUGCUCAGACUCCUGCGCUGCGCUUAUGAACCUCAUCCAGUACAUCGCCAGCUAUGGGGAUCUGCUGCCCCCACCUGGCCCGGAGGUCAAGAGCACCGGCUCCAAACAGAAAGCCAAGCCUGAGACCGGCAGCAGGCCCCCUUCCCAGAUUCCUCUGCUUCCAGAGGCCGAGCAGCAGAUGCUGCAGGACCUGAUGAGCGAGGCCAUGGAGGAGACGGACGGCCAGCAGACCCUGUCACCACAGCCCAACGGACUGCACCAGGAGCUGAGGCAGGACCUGGAGCCUCCUCGUUCCGACCUCUUCCUCUUCCCGGACGAAAGCGGGAACCUCUCCCAGGAGCCCAGCCCCACCUUCCCCACGUACCACUCGCCCCUCAUCUACACCGCCAGCUCCGCCCCUGCCCACGAGAGUGAUGACUUCUGCAUCCUGGAGACUCCGGGCUCUGGAGCUGCUGAUCGUGACGAAGAGCCAGUGGUAAACAAACUGACUCCGGACUCCAUACAGAUCAAAGACAACCACUUCAGCCUACCAGCGGGCCCCACAGACUCCAGCAGGGGCCCUCUGAACUUCCCUGUGCCGGAGGUGCGCUACCUCGUUAAGGAGAUCUCCAUCGUCUGGCACCUCUACGGGGGGAAGGACUUUGGGAGCGGUGCUUUCAUCUCCUCCCCUUCCAGGAGCCGUGGCUGCACCCCUCACAGCUCCCCCUCCCAGACGCCCGUGAGACAGGGCAGGCCGAUCGGGCGUUUGGUGUGCGGGCGAGGGAGGAAACCGGACGUGCUGAUGGAGAUCCAGCUCACCAAGGUGAAGUUCCAGCACGAGGUGUACCCCCACGCCCCGGCGGACUCGGGCUCCACAGCGGCGGAGCAGCCCGUGUCCCGCCAGGUCUUCACCGUCCAGGACCUGGAGAUCCGCGACCGGCUGGCCACUUCCCAGAUGAACAAGUUCCUCUACCUGUACUCCAGCAAGGAGAUGCCACGCAAGGCCCACUCCAACAUGUUGACGGUGAAGGCGGUGCACAUGUGUCCGGAGGCGGGCCACGCCCCUCAGGAGUGCUGUCUGCGCGUCUCCCUCAUGCCGCUCCGCCUCAACAUUGAUCAGGAUGCUCUGUUUUUCUUGAAGGAUUUCUUUGCCAGUCUUGCUGCUGAUGUUGAAAUGUUCGCUCCACCGGACCAGGAAGCGCUGUGUGUUUCAGUGAAAAAGCCCCCCGCCCCAGACCUCUCCUGCAGCUUCCCCAAACACGGGGGCGGCGCCCAGGACCCCGCGCCCAUCAUCUCCGUGCCGGGCCAGCCGCGGCCCAGUCAGAACGGCGUGACCCUGUCAGGAAGCGCCGACGCUUUGGAUCCGGAAGCCUCCGCGGCGUCCUUCACCGACCAGCCCAUUUUCUUCAGAGAGUUCCGCUUCACGUCGGAGGUGCCCAUUCGUUUAGAUUACCAUGGGAAGCACCUGGCAAUGGAGCAGGGAACAUUUGCUGGCAUCGUGAUCGGGCUGACCCAGCUCAACUGCUCCGAGCUCAAACUGCGCCGGCUCUGCUACAGACAAGGACUGCUGGGAGUGGAUAAGCUGUUCUCUUAUGCAAUAAGCGAGUGGCUGAAUGACAUCAAGAAGAACCAGCUGCCAGGUCUUCUGGGUGGAGUGGGGCCCAUACACUCUCUGGUGCAGCUGGUUCAGGGAUUCCGGGACCUGGUCUGGCUGCCGAUCGAACAGUACCGCAAGGACGGGCGAAUCGUACGGGGCUUCCAACGUGGCGCCGCCUCCUUCGGCACAUCCACGGCCAUGGCCGCGCUGGAACUAACCAACCGGAUGGUGCGGACCAUACAGGCCGCAGCAGAAACGGCCUAUGACAUGGUGUCACCAGGACCCGAUGAGUGUGAGCUGAAGAAAAUAAAGCGCUAUUCUCAUUACCGAUUGGCUCACCAGCCAGUGGACCUUCGGGAAGGAGUGGCCAAGGCUUACAGUGUUGUAAAAGAGGGCAUAGCGGACACGGCGCUGACCAUCUACGACACGGCAACGCGGGAGCACGAGCAGCGCGGGGUGACGGGGGCUGUGGGCGGGGUCCUGCGGCAGUUGCCCCCGGCGGUAGUCAAGCCGCUCAUUGUGGCCACAGAGGCCACUUCCAACGUGUUGGGCGGCAUGAGGAACCAGAUCCACCCCGAUGCUCGCCAGGAGGAGUCCCAGAAAUGGCGACAGGGGGAGGAGUGAAUCGCUGCCCCCUCCCUUUGUUUUAUGGCAAGGCUGAAUAGCCAGUCGCCAGCCUCGCAGAAGUCUCGUGCAUUUUCCCGGGUGACACCUCCCCCCCCACUCAAACAAAUGCAUCGGUCUGACUCAACUUGAUGUAGCUCGCUCUGCUUUGUACCACAAAUGCUAACAGCUGCAGUGGUAGUAAAUUCAGCGCUGGUGUAAAUAAAUGAAAUGCUUCUCAUCGACUUCAGCAUUCAUAAGUUUGUGUGGACUCACCAACUUGUGAUCCCUUGUCCACAGUCCGCUGCAGUGCCUUCCUUGGAGUGAUGUACUGUAUUCUGCUACAAGUGGUCUGCAACUAAAGCAGGCUCAGAGACCAGAGAUGUCUAGUGUCCAUGGCUUAUCCCUGUGCCAUUUGUCCCUUGCAGCAAAUAAUUAUCCUUUCAUUAAAUAA